AAGAGCAGACCAGCUUUAGGAGGUUUCUACGAGCAAGGCCGGAGAGGACGACGACCUGCAAACAUGCCGGCUGUGUCGAAAGGAGACGGAAUGCGCGGGCUGGCCGUCUUCAUAUCGGACAUCAGAAACUGCAAAAGCAAGGAGGCCGAGAUAAAACGAAUAAACAAAGAGCUAGCCAACAUCCGCUCGAAGUUUAAAGGAGACAAGGCUCUGGACGGCUACAGCAAGAAGAAGUACGUCUGCAAGCUCCUCUUCAUCUUCCUGCUCGGCCAUGACAUCGACUUUGGACACAUGGAGGCAGUCAACCUGCUGAGCUCCAACAAGUACACAGAGAAACAGAUCGGUUACUUGUUUAUCUCAGUGCUGGUGAACAGCAACAGUGAGCUGAUCCGUCUGAUCAACAACGCAAUCAAAAAUGACCUGUCCAGCCGCAAUCCCACCUUCAUGUGCCUGGCGCUUCACUGCAUCGCCAACGUGGGAAGCCGGGAGAUGGCCGAGGCCUUUGCUAGCGAGAUUCCUCGCAUCCUGGUUGCUGGAGACACAAUGGACAGUGUGAAACAGUCUGCUGCCCUGUGCCUGCUUCGGCUGUACAAGACCUCUCCGGACUUGGUGCUGAUGGGGGAGUGGACCUCUCGUGUGGUGCAUCUGCUCAACGAUCAGCACAUGGGAGUGGUGACGGCAGCCAUUUCUCUCAUCACCUGUCUGAGUCAGAAGAAUCCAGAUGAGUUCAAGACCUGCGUUUCCUUGGCUGUUUCCCGCCUCAGCAGAAUCGUGUCGUCGGCCUCCACCGACCUGCAGGAUUACACCUACUACUUUGUGCCGGCGCCAUGGCUGUCCUGCAAGCUGCUGCGCCUGCUGCAGUGCUACCCUCCGCCAGAAGAUGGGGCUGUUAAGGGCCGACUGGUGGAGUGUCUGGAAACCAUCCUCAAUAAGGCACAGGAGCCCCCCAAGUCGAAGAAGGUGCAGCAUUCCAACGCCAAGAACGCCAUCCUGUUUGAGGCUAUAGCUCUCAUCAUCCACUACGACAGUGAGCCAAACCUCCUGGUGCGAGCUUGCAACCAGCUGGGCCAGUUCCUGCAGCACAGAGAGACCAACCUGCGCUACCUGGCGCUGGAGAGCAUGUGCACUCUAGCCAGCUCCGAGUUCUCCCACGAGGCCGUCAAGACGCACAUCGAGACCGUGAUCAAUGCUCUUAAGACUGAAAGAGAUGUAAGCGUCCGGCAGAGAGCAGCCGACCUGCUGUACGCCAUGUGCGACCGCAGCAACGCCAAGCAGAUCGUAGCAGAGAUGCUCAGCUACCUGGAGACUGCAGACUAUUCCAUCAGAGAGGAGAUGGUGCUGAAGGUGGCCAUACUUGCAGAGAAGUACGCUGUGGACUACUCCUGGUAUGUAGACACCAUCCUGAACCUCAUCCGCAUCGCUGGGGAUUACGUCAGUGAGGAGGUGUGGUACCGCGUCAUCCAGAUCGUCAUCAACCGAGACGACGUGCAAGGCUACGCCGCCAAGACCGUUUUUGAGGCCUUGCAAGCCCCCGCCUGUCAUGAGAACAUGGUGAAGGUUGGAGGCUACAUACUGGGAGAGUUUGGAAACCUGAUUGCUGGUGACCCGCGGUCCAGCCCCCUGGUCCAGUUCAACCUGCUCCACUCCAAGUUCCACCUGUGCUCCGUGCCCACUCGUGCGCUGCUGCUGUCGGCCUACAUCAAGUUCAUCAACCUGUUCCCAGAGACCAAGGCCACCAUCCAGGAGGUGCUGCGCUGCGACAGCCAGAUCCGGAACUCGGACGUGGAGCUGCAGCAGCGAGCCGUCGAAUACCUGAAGCUCUCCUCCAUCGCCAGCACCGACGUUCUGGCCACCGUGUUGGAGGAGAUGCCUCCCUUCCCAGAGAGAGAGUCUUCAAUCCUGGCCAAGCUGAAGAAGAAGAAGGGCCCCGGAGCGGUGUCUGUGACGGAAAUGGAGGACGGCAAAAGGGAGGGCGGGGAGCUGAAUGGAGGCGGGGACCGGGGGCCGGACGCAUCAGCCAUGGCUGCCUCAAACGCUUCCACGCCGUCUCCGUCAGCUGACCUGCUUGGGAUUCGCCCCGCUGCCCCCGUGAGCGCCGCUCCAGCCAGUGUGGGCAGUUUACUGGUGGACGUGUUUUCAGAGGCGGGGCCUGCUGCAUCCUCCGCUGCCGUCAACGACGAAGGCUUCCUCAGAGAUCUGGAACCGCCCACUGAGACAUCUGAUUCGCUAUUGGUGGAGGGUUCUGGUGACUCUGACUCUGCUCCUCCCUCUGAGGAUCCUGCUCCUCCUCUGUCAGAAGCUGACGAGCUGCUGAACAAGUUUGUGUGCAAGAACAACGGCGUUCUGUUUGAGAACCAGCUGCUUCAGAUCGGCAUCAAGUCGGAGUAUCGUCAGAAUCUGGGGAGGAUGUACUUGUUCUACGGCAACAAGACCUCGGUGCAGUUUGCCAGCUUCACCACCACCGUCAGCUAUCCUGGAGAGCUGCAGUCUCAGCUGAAUGUUCAGUCCAAGCCCGUGGAGCCGCUGGUGGAGGGGGGGGCCCAGAUCCAGCAGGUCCUCAACAUCGAGUGUCUGACCGACUUUUCCGAGGCCCCACUGCUAAACAUCAAGUUCAGAUAUGGGGGGGCUCUGCAGAACCUGACCCUCAAGCUGCCCGUCACCAUCAACAAGUUCUUCCAGCCGACCGAGAUGGCGUCGCAAGACUUCUUCCAGCGCUGGAAACAGCUCAGCCAGCCUCAGCAAGAAGCCCAGAAGAUCUUCAAGGCCAACAACAGCAUGGACACGGAGGUUCUGAAGGCCAAGCUGCUGGGACUGGGGAUGGCCCUGCUGGACAACGUGGACCCCAACCCGGAGAACUACGUGUGCGCCGGCGUGAUCCAGACCAAGGGCCAGCAGGUGGGCUGCCUGCUGAGGCUGGAGCCCAACGCACAGGCGCAGAUGUACCGUCUGACUCUGCGCUGCAGCAAAGAUUCUGUGUCCCGGCGUCUCUGCGAGCUGCUGGCAGAGCAGUUCUGAAGAACGGACCCCCCCACCAUGACCAGUACUCCCAGCCCCCCCACCAGCACCCCGUUUCCCCGGCCCUCCUGCCACACCUCUCCUCCCUCCAGCAGAGAAUCUCUGGAAAAAAAAAAGGUUUAACCUACAGAAGGGAAGCAGCCGCUGCGAGCAGCAGCAAUAUUUUGUCAUUUUUCUUGUCCCGGAUUCUGAUUCCUGUUCAUCCUCUACUCGUUUAUUAACAUGAUGCUACAAUCUGGUUCUGUUGGUUUACCUGUGUAGCUGGUGUGCACGUGGCGAAGAGUGUGAGUGAGCGUCUGGGGGGGGCCUGUCCCGUGGUUGUGCCGGGUUCUGCUCUGUGCUCCCGACACGCAUUCGUUCGUCACAACAUUCCUUCAGGCUCAGUGGGAGGGGCUUAUAGCGGCGCACACGCUAAUCCCGUCUCACCUGCUCACAGGUACAGGUUCUCCGCUUCCCCCGUGGGUUGGUCGAGCAUUCCAGAUCUAAGCGCUCUUGGAGCGCCGGAUCCACUUUCAGAGCCCCAAAUCUCAGCCCUCGCUCCUUAAGAAGCCCUGCAGGGGGGCACAGCCCCUCCACGUCCCAGCGGGGAGCGCCGUCACAUUCCCGUGAGGGUUCGGGCUGCCGGGGCGGAGGUCCCUCAGCAGCUGUGAGCUCUGCUCCGUCCACACGCCUCUGAGCGUGGCAGGUUCCCAUGAGUUGCUCUUCAUCGCAGCGUGAAACCCCCGACGGCCUCCUCCCCCUCCUCUGCCCGCUGGAGGCGCCCCCCCCCUCUGCUCCUCCCGGUUCCUCCUCCAUCACGUCCGACUGGAGGCGGCUGCAGCGCACAGCUCUGUCCUGCUCUCUGAGGUUUCUGUCGUGUUUUAAGGGGGGGGGGGCAGCCCCACCCUGACAUAAAGUAGUCCCUGCAGCUCCAGGUCACCACCUACCUGACGAUGACACUAAAACGACAUCACUCCGCUGCAGCUCCGCCUCUUUUCAGCGGGCUUCCCGUCACAAGCGAGCGCCUGUAGGGGGGGGGGGGGGCAUCCGUCACAACUACAGGGACAAUGUUCACGUGUGCGAGUGUAAGCGUGACUGGAAACAGGUGAGGAAAAAAGCCUACAGACAUUUCUAAUACACGGUCACAUCCUGCGGCGGCUUCGCCAUGGCAGGGAUUUCGUAGUGGAAAACGUAGUCGAUUUGUCAUUUUGUGAGUGCGUACGUGAGUUUGUGUGUGCGUGUGCGUGCAGUAUCCACUAGCUAAUGCAGCCUCAUGUAUCGGUGUUAAGAAACUGUCCUAUACCUGUGUUAGAAUUAAGAUUUACUCUGUAAUGAAAAGAAAUGUGAAAGUAAAAUUAUGCCAUAUAUAUCUGA